AUGGAUCCGGUAACGGCCCACGGCCAUUCCCUGCCACCGCCGUUCCACACCCGAGACUUCCAGCUCCACCACCAAUUCUCCCAACAGCACCUCCACCAACAACAACAGCAGCAACACCACCAGCAGCAGCAGAAUUCGGAGGACGAGCAGAGCGGCAGCAGCAGCGGCCUCCACAACAAAUCCUCCCACAAGCGCGAACGAGACGACAACUCCAACAACUCAAACCCCAACGACUCCAGCAAGGAUCUCAUGGCCUCCGCCGCCGCCGCCGGAGGAGAAGGCGAGAUCACCCGCCGCCCCCGCGGCCGCCCCGCCGGCUCCAAGAACAAGCCCAAGCCGCCCAUCAUCAUCACCCGCGACAGCGCCAACGCCCUCCGGACCCACCUCAUGGAGGUCGCCGACGGCUGCGACAUCGUCGAGUCCGUCGCCACCUUCGCCCGCCGCCGGCAGCGGGGUGUCUGCAUCAUGAGCGGGACCGGCACCGUCACCAACGUCACCCUCCGCCAGCCGGCCUCCCCGGGGGCCGUCGUCACCCUCCACGGCCGAUUCGAGAUCCUCUCCCUCGCGGGCUCGUUCCUGCCGCCGCCGGCCCCGCCGGCGGCCACGGGGCUGACGAUCUACCUCGCCGGAGGGCAGGGGCAGGUCGUCGGAGGGAGCGUGGUGGGGACGCUGACCGCCUCGGGACCCGUGGUGAUCAUGGCGGCGUCGUUUAGCAAUGCCGCGUACGAGCGGCUGCCGCUCGAGGACGAGGACCCGCAGAUGGCGGGUCAGGCCGGUCCGAUUGGGUCUCCCGGCGGCGGCGGUGUGGGGUCCGCCGGGCCGCCACCUCAGCACCAGCAGCAACAGCAGCAGCAGCAGCAACAGCAGGUUUUGGGUGGGGGCGGGUCGGGCGGCGACCCGAGUGGGGCUCCGUUGUUUCACGGGUUGCCGCCGAAUCUGCUCAAUUCGAUUCAAUUGCCCGCCGACGCGUACUGGGGCGGCAACGGUGGUGGCGGCGGCGGUGGCGGGGGACGGCCUCCUUACUGA